AUGAAGUCCAACAAAGUCAUCAUCGCCUUGCCGGCCCUCGCAGGAGCAGUGCAGGCGCCAAUUCCAGCAGCCGCCGGCAUGGCCAACCUGCUCGGGCGCCAGCUAGUCCCCACGGCCAUCACCACCACCACCACCACGACCGCGUCCGAAGCCCGCGUGACGCAGGAUUCCCCGUCGGCCUGCAGCAGUUCCUACAGCUCUAUGUACAGCGCCAUCUUGACCGCGCCCGGCGCGCCGACCUACCCCUCCGCCCUGGACGACUUUUACGACCAGCUGUCGCGCACGGCCACGACGGACUUUGUGUGCGCCGUGGGCAGCGCCACGCUGCCGCCGGCCCUGUCGUCCAUGGAAGAUGCAUACCAGUCGAGCAUCGCCAGCUUUGCCGACGGCGGCCGGUGGAACACGGAGGCGCCGCCGCAGUGCAGCGACCUGUGGCUGAGCAUCGUGCGGGCGCCGGUGGAGAGCGCUUCGAGCCAGGCCGCUUCGUGCCGGAGCGCCGCGAGCGCAACGGCCACGAGGGCCACGAACGCGACUUCUUCGGCUACGGGCACGGCGAGCUCGAGUGCCGCGGUGCCUGCCAACACGGGUGCGGCGGGGAGGAAUCUUGUUUCUGCGGGCUUGGCGGUCGGUGCUGCGGCGGUGGUGGGAUAUUUAGGAAUGGUUUGA